CUUCUGCAGCUCAGCACUGCGCUUGCCCAAUUGCAGCUUCUUACUCCACCAGGGCAAGGUGAAAUCAGCUACAGCGUUAAUAUCCCUCAAUCCACCGGCAACUCUGAAUCGGGUCCUAUUUUCAUUCAAAUAAAGUCUACGAAGCAGGUUCAAUGGCUGGCUCUCGGACAAGGCGCCAUGAUGCAGGGGGCAAAUAUAUUCAUUGUAUAUGGCUCUGGGAACAAUGUAACCGUCUCGCCUCGCCUGGCGAAGCAGGAGCACGUCGAGCCUGUUUACAACCCGCAGGCUCAGAUAUCAAUUCUCGACGGCAGUGGGAUCCAAGACGGGAUCCUGACGGCCAAUAUCCGGUGUGAUAGCUGUGUGACCUGGCCUGGUGGUCAUGCAGAUGUGACGAGCUCAUCAAGCCCAUGGAUAUGGGCUGUCAAAAAUGGACCGUUCCUUGAUUCUGAUGAUACCUCUGAAAAUCUUCCCAUGCAUGACUUUUACGGCACUGCAACUCUCGACUUGAAGCAGGCCACUGGUGGCAGCUCUGGAAAUCCAUUUCUAGGGGACUCUGGCACGUCUACAACUGCACAGACUGCCACAACCGUCGACCUGCAAUCAGUCUCGCGGAAAAGAAUUGCCCACGCAGUCAUCAUGAUAGUCGCCUUUGUUGUUUUGCUGCCGCUCUUUGCUCUGGCAGUUCCGGUGGUUCCAUCACCUCAAAUAGUCUCUAUCCACGCCUGUUUGCAACUUUGCACUCUUGCGUUGACAGUCGCGGGACUUGGAAUCGAUAUCUCCAUGGCGAAAGACCUACAGCUGAUAGGCUUUUACCAUCCGAUCAUUGGAAUUACAACAGUAUCAUGCUUGAUCCUGUUUCAGCCAGCAAUGGGGCUCGCUCAGCAUCUUUACUUUCGCCGUACUGGCAAGAAAAGCAUCGCGAGUUAUAUCCAUAGGUGGUUUGGGCGGACUCUGAUUACUCUUGGCAUGAUCAAUGCUGGUCUCGGAUUCCGCUUGGCUGGCAUUGGACUGUCCAUUGCACCUGUUGGUGCAGUUAUUGCGUACUCGGUUGUUGCUGGUUUGGUCUGGGUCAGCUAUGCGUUGAUCAUCAGUUGGCUUUACUGCAGAAGGCGA